AUGUGCUCUUGGGCGAUUACAGGCUUUGGUGGAAUAGAAGAUGGGAUGUGCUCUUGGGCGAUUACAGGCUUUGGUGGAAUAGAAGAUGGGAUGUGCUCUUGGGCGAUUACAGGCUUUGGUGGAAUAGAAGAUGGGAUGUGCUCUUGGGCGAUUACAGGCUUUGGUGGAAUAGAAGAUGGGAUGUGGUCUUGGGCGAUUACAGGCUUUGGUGGAAUAGAAGAUGGGAUGUGCUCUUGGGCGAUUACAGGCUUUGGUGGAAUAGAAGAUGGGAUGUGCUCUUGGGCGAUUACAGGCUUUGGUGGAAUAGAAGAUGGGAUGUGCUCUUGGGCGAUUACAGGCUUUGGUGGAAUAGAAGAUGGGAUGUGGUCUUGGGCGAUUACAGGCUUUGGUGGAAUAGAAGAUGGGAUGUGCUCUUGGGCGAUUACAGGCUUUGGUGGAAUAGAAGAUGGGAUGUGGUCUUGGGCGAUUACAGGCUUUGGUGGAAUAGAAGAUGGGAUGUGCUCUUGGGCGAUUACAGGCUUUGGUGGAAUAGAAGAUGGGAUGUGCUCUUGGGCGAUUACAGGCUUUGGUGGAAUAGAAGAUGGGAUGUGCUCUUGGGCGAUUACAGGCUUUGGUGGAAUAGAAGAUGGGAUGUGCUCUUGGGCGAUUACAGGCUUUGGUGGAAUAGAAGAUGGGAUGUGCUCUUGGGCGAUUACAGGCUUUGGUGGAAUAGAAGAUGGGAUGUGCUCUUGGGCGAUUACAGGCUUUGGUGGAAUAGAAGAUGGGAUGUGCUCUUGGGCGAUUACAGGCUUUGGUGGAAUAGAAGAUGGGAUGUGGUCUUGGGCGAUUACAGGCUUUGGUGGAAUAGAAGAUGGGAUGUGGUCUUGGGCGAUUACAGGCUUUGGUGGAAUAGAAGAUGGGAUGUGGUCUUGGGCGAUUACAGGCUUUGGUGGAAUAGAAGAUGGGAUGUGCUCUUGGGCGAUUACAGGCUUUGGUGGAAUAGAAGAUGGGAUGUGCUCUUGGGCGAUUACAGGCUUUGGUGGAAUAGAAGAUGGGAUGUGCUCUUGGGCGAUUACAGGCUUUGGUGGAAUAGAAGAUGGGAUGUGCUCUUGGGCGAUUACAGGCUUUGGUGGAAUAGAAGAUGGGAUGUGGUCUUGGGCGAUUACAGGCUUUGGUGGAAUAGAAGAUGGGAUGUGGUCUUGGGCGAUUACAGGCUUUGGUGGAAUAGAAGAUGGGAUGUGCUCUUGGGCGAUUACAGGCUUUGGUGGAAUAGAAGAUGGGAUGUGCUCUUGGGCGAUUACAGGCUUUGGUGGAAUAGAAGAUGGGAUGUGCUCUUGGGCGAUUACAGGCUUUGGUGGAAUAGAAGAUGGGAUGUGGUCUUGGGCGAUUACAGGCUUUGGUGGAAUAGAAGAUGGGAUGUGCUCUUGGGCGAUUACAGGCUUUGGUGGAAUAGAAGAUGGGAUGUGCUCUUGGGCGAUUACAGGCUUUGGUGGAAUAGAAGAUGGGAUGUGCUCUUGGGCGAUUACAGGCUUUGGUGGAAUAGAAGAUGGGAUGUGCUCUUGGGCGAUUACAGGCUUUGGUGGAAUAGAAGAUGGGAUGUGCUCUUGGGCGAUUACAGGCUUUGGUGGAAUAGAAGAUGGGAUGUGCUCUUGGGCGAUUACAGGCUUUGGUGGAAUAGAAGAUGGGAUGUGCUCUUGGGCGAUUACAGGCUUUGGUGGAAUAGAAGAUGGGAUGUGCUCUUGGGCGAUUACAGGCUUUGGUGGAAUAGAAGAUGGGAUGUGGUCUUGGGCGAUUACAGGCUUUGGUGGAAUAGAAGAUGGGAUGUGGUCUUGGGCGAUUACAGGCUUUGGUGGAAUAGAAGAUGGGAUGUGCUCUUGGGCGAUUACAGGCUUUGGUGGAAUAGAAGAUGGGAUGUGCUCUUGGGCGAUUACAGGCUUUGGUGGAAUAGAAGAUGGGAUGUGCUCUUGGGCGAUUACAGGCUUUGGUGGAAUAGAAGAUGGGAUGUGCUCUUGGGCGAUUACAGGCUUUGGUGGAAUAGAAGAUGGGAUGUGCUCUUGGGCGAUUACAGGCUUUGGUGGAAUAGAAGAUGGGAUGUGGUCUUGGGCGAUUACAGGCUUUGGUGGAAUAGAAGAUGGGAUGUGGUCUUGGGCGAUUACAGGCUUUGGUGGAAUAGAAGAUGGGAUGUGCUCUUGGGCGAUUACAGGCUUUGGUGGAAUAGAAGAUGGGAUGUGCUCUUGGGCGAUUACAGGCUUUGGUGGAAUAGAAGAUGGGAUGUGCUCUUGGGCGAUUACAGGCUUUGGUGGAAUAGAAGAUGGGAUGUGCUCUUGGGCGAUUACAGGCUUUGGUGGAAUAGAAGAUGGGAUGUGCUCUUGGGCGAUUACAGGCUUUGGUGGAAUAGAAGAUGGGAUGUGCUCUUGGGCGAUUACAGGCUUUGGUGGAAUAGAAGAUGGGAUGUGCUCUUGGGCGAUUACAGGCUUUGGUGGAAUAGAAGAUGGGAUGUGGUCUUGGGCGAUUACAGGCUUAUGGGUAUGA